AUGCCUCGAAAAAAGAAUGGGUUUCUCGAGGAGGGAUCGGACUCGGACGACUCUGUGCCGUCUGAUGUUGACACAACGACAUCUCAACGCGCCCCGUCCUUUGUACCAGCACAAGGCGCAUCAUCAUCGUCGACGUCGUCACGACGUACUUUCCCUUCGUUUGUACGUGCGACACCCGCAGACAAAGAGGACGAGAAGCCUAGCACGUUUUCCAAGCGUACCUUUGGUGCGGGCCUUGGCAGGACUUCGCCACCAGCCUCCAUGGCUGUGGAUGAAGACGAGGAUCGACGUCCUGGUCUAGGCGCCGCUCCUGCGCCGCACACGGCCGGCCCGGCCCUCUCGCGUACCUCUGGCUCGGGCGGAUUCGAUCCAGCCGCGUACAUGCGCCAAAUGGGUUGGACAGGCGGUGGUCUAGGCAAAGAAGGCGAAGGUAUUGUCAACCCCAUUGAAGUGCAACUUCGACCAUCGCGUGCCGGUGUCGCCUUUGGAGGCCGUCGCGAAAAGACUAAGCAAGAACGCCAGGAAGAGCGACGACGUGCCGGUCUUCCUAUGGAAAGCGACGAGGAGGACGACAAAGGAACGACGGCCAAAGCUACGACACAAGAUGUUUCUACAGCCUGGAAGAAACGGACACUGCGACAAAAACCCAAAGUGGUAUAUCGAACCUACGACGAAAUUAUGGCAGAGGCGGCAGGUGUACCGCCGGACGCGCCUGUGCUGGAUGCCACGCGAGGCGAUGCCGAAGAAGUGGCGUCGGUAGCCGCCGCCCUAGCCCGGCACCCUGUGCCUACGAGCGACAGCGCUCAGCUGCCUGAGCUGCGUCACAAUUUGCGUUUGCUAUGCAAGGGCCAAAAAGAAGCUCUUGAUAAGCUUGCACAUCACGGGAUGGCCUUGCGCGAUAAGGCCCGAUGGCUUCGACGCGAUGUGGAAGCGUCCAGUCUUCGAUGGCAGAAAGAGCAGGCAGAACGAACGCAACUCGCCUCCGUCCUGGACGCCCUGACGACGUUGAGUGACGACGCAGCGCAUGCCACAUCGCUUGAGACGUUAGCUCCCUCCAUCGAUCGCCUUGUGCAAUGCGAUGCAGCGGUCAUUCAAGCGUUCGGCCUGGACGAGGCCGUGGCCGGGGCGCUGGUGCCUGUACUGCGACAGAGCAUGGCGACGUGGGAUCCUUUGCGCGAGCCUCAUCGGCAUAUCACACAACUCCAAGCAUGGCUGCCCAUCCUCCAAAUGCAGCCGGCGACGAGUGACACAACGCCACGGCCCAUGACCCCGUGGGAAAGCGUGCUGUGGAACGUAUGGAUGCCGACCAUCCGCACGACGUUGACCAAUGCAUGGGACGUCUACGAUGCAGCGCCAGCCGUGGGCUUGGUCGAGGCAUGGCGGCCGGUGCUCCCGGCGUUUGUGCUCGACAAUGUGCUCGAUCAGUUGAUCCUGCCGAAACUGGAGCGAGCCGUGCAGGCCUGGACGCUCUCGACGUCGAUACCUCUCCAUGUGUUUGUUUUGCCAUGGCUCCCUCUGUGUGAGGCACGGCUCGACAUGAUUCUCCACGACACUCGACGGCAAUGGCGUCGUGUGCUAUCGACGUGGCGUGUAUCGGACGGCGUCCCUGCCGCACUCCUUCACUGGCGCACAGUGUAUGCCACGAAAGAAUGGGAUGCCCUGCUGCUAGAGCGCAUUGUGCCUGUCCUCUCACAAGCCUUACGUACGCAGUUCGUGGUGGAUCCACGUGACCAGGACAUGACCCUCUUGGCGCAGGUCGUGGCAUGGCAGGGUGUGCUUCGUGAUAGCGUGCUAAGCCGUGUGCUUGAGACAGAGCUCGGCGCGAAAUGGCUCAUGAUUUUGCAUCAAUGGCUCACGCAGCCUGGGGCUGUCUCUUGGCACGAUAUUGGCGCUUGGUACGAAUUCUGGCGUGGAUGGUUUUCGCCCGCCACGGCGCGGUUGGACGGCAUAGCGCACAUGCUGCUUCGUGGCCUUCGGCACAUCAACGCAGCGCUGGAUCGCGGCGCGGAUCGUGUCGACUUACCUCCGCCGAACGUGACGCCUACCUCUCGCUCGUCGCAAACGCGUACAAAUGCACCGGCCGCAAAAGCCACACCCAUGGAUGCGCCACCCACGUUGGAGGAAGUCUCACUUCGUCAUGUGAUAGAGGAAAAGGCCACCGACAACGAUUUGUUUGUGCGCGCUCUCAAUCAGCUGGAGCCGACAACCGGGUUUGCCCUUCUACGGAUUUCGCCGCAUAUCGAUGGGAAAAUGGGCGUGACAUUUUACAUUGACGACGAUGUGAUUUUCGCCGCGACAGCCUCCGCUACAGCCUCAGCCCAUGCACGCAACGAGUACGACCCCAUGUCCCUGGCCGAGCUCUUGCAGCGUGCUUGUACCCCAUAG